UUGAUUAGUAGGCAGAUCACUACUAUAGGUUGCGCUGUACUAUGGUAGCCACGGGGCAGCCUGAAGCCAGGGCGUCUGGGGUAGUCUUGGGUGGGCGAGGGGCCCCUCAAAGUCGGAUCUCAACGCCGACGUCACGUAUUAAGCGCGAUCCGCGACCGAGAAUAUUUUAUGUCUCAUAUAAUGAAUUCAAGCUAAAGACUCAUUCGCACCACAUCGGACGCCUCCUUUUUGCAUCUACAGUACCUGUGCAGUCGCUUCUCUCCAACAUUUGCAAGGCCGUGGCGUGGAUGUGUCUGCGGCAAGCAUGACGACCGUGUUGAACCAUGCCUCUCCAUUCAAACGGAAUGUUCAACUCACAGACCUUCCGACCGAGCUGAUCUCCGCGAUUCUCAUCUAUCUCGAUUCUACAGCUCUAAAGAGGCUAAACCUCACGUCGAAAUGGGGCUAUCACAAUGCGAUACCGUUACUGUGGCGGCAUGUCGAGCUUGUGGAUAAAUGUACCGACUACAAAGAUGUGGAUAAGCCACAAAUGUUCGGAGCAGACUGGGGAUUUGAGGAUAAACAUGACGACACGCCGAUAAUACAGAAGGUCCUGGUCAUACUACAUAAUCCUUUUAUAGCUUCUAGUGUACAAAGUAUUACGCAUCGAUGCCAUUUACCUCAUCCUGGAAUAUUCAACGAGCUUCCGAACAUGUAUUUCAAGAGUCGCACCCUCUCAUCUGAUAGAAGAACUUCCGUCCUAUUAGCAGAUGCUAUUUGUUUGCUCGAUAGGGUACAUACCUUGCGAAUAGUCUAUGGACAUUGGAAUCUCACGAAGUGCCUCCUGAAAGGUUUUCUGUUCGACAGACCCGCAUCGCUAAAGAGACUGUGGCUCGAAAAUGUUUCACUGGAAGGAUUGCCUCUGAACUUGUUGCAGAGCAGUCCAAGAAGCUGCGGCCUCGAGAGUAUAAGGCUCCGACGUCUGCACCUAUACGGAGAUCGACCACCGUACGAGCAGUCCGCCAUGUCGUAUAUUCUCGUGCGGGGCGCAGGCGAGUCACGAGAUAUUGCGAAUGGUCGUGCAGGAACAUACUCGCAUCCAAUGGUAUAUUCUCCCGAGGAAGAAAUCCUACCAACAGAAGCUUUAGAUGUGGCGCCUCUUGACGUGGCAUCUGAAUACGACAAACGCAUAUAUUAUAAUCUACCUAGUGCCUUUGCAUAUCUGGCUAACCGGGGUUACCAACCGGUAAACAACAACUACGAGACACCCUUCGGCAAUAUAGAUCCCUGCACCCUCACAACUCUCUUGUUGCACAGUUCGGCAGACACAUUGACUUCUCUCACCCUAGAUUGGAUCCUAUGGCCAUCUGACAACCGCAGGCAGACCUUACCAUUCCUCGACAGCUUCAGCCGGCUAUAUUUUCCAAACCUGAAGGCAUUUCAGCUUCGUAAUACGGUUCUUACGGAAACGGAAUUGCCUAAAGAUCUGUACCUACUUGAUUCAAGCGAAGAUGGUUCUUCAAUAUUCCCAACGUUCAUCGAGAAACACAAAAACCUGCGGUGCCUAGCAUGGCCAAUCGAUCGCUUCUUUGGGGUUUCUAUUCGGAGCCCAGAAGAUACUGCUCGUCGAGAAAGAAUAGUAGCCGAGCUUGCACGCACGCUGGAGGAUCUGCGAGUUGACGCAGAGUUUGGAAGGCGGGAACCAUUCACACAUAACCCAGUGGGAGACAUGGAAUUCAAUGAACGGACGCGGAGACGAAGGUUCAUCGAAGACUUCGCAUCCCAUAUGACAAAAGUCAAAUCGAUUAAGUUGGAAGGCGGUAUACCGCGCGAUGAGAAGCGCGAAACCAUCCGUGCAUUAAGUCAGUCACCAUUAGAAAAGGUCAUUGCCAUCGGAAUCUCGUGCCCGGUAGGCAAUACAUGGGGAGCUGGUGGACGCCUGCUUCAGGAUAUCGACGGAGGCGUGGGGAUUGGUGAUGACACACGCGGUCUCCAGGAAGAGUACGACGACAUAAUUGAGGGAUACAUGAGUGUAGAGCCUUCUAAGCCCUUCAACGAGCAAUUCCAUGCGUCAUACGGCUGGGGCCCUGGACCUCCUUUCGUCCACAACAUCGCCAGCUACCACGCAUCGACAGUCACAGAACUCAAGUUCUGCGGCUAUAACGGUGCCCCGAUUCUCUACCGCCCGACACCAAUCACUGAGGCGAUGUUACACCCCAUCCGCUACUUUCAUAAACUGAAGUCGCUCGUCUUGUCCAUGUGGCUGCUCACAUGGCACGAAGAUGAGUUCCGCGACGACUCUAUCAUCCAGUUCUGGCAAGAUCGUAGUUCACCUACCUCUACUGCCCUUGCCCUCCCUCUCAAUUUACCCGUUCUCCAGCCACUAGCUCACCCACCCCCAUUCACUCCAGCCGCAAACGCCGCUCUCAUAAACCAUCGACAGAAUGCCGCAGCCACCCACUUCUCGGAACCCCGACCUUCCUGGUCGCAAACCUUGCAAACAAUAUAUACACCUGAAGCGCUCGCGGCGCAGGUUGCAAGGCAGGUUGGACCCCACAUCUCAGAGCAGGCAAAGGCUCAACGGGAGGGUGUACAUGUCCGUGUCAGCUUCUGUCUUGGCUUGCAGAUCACGGAUAUUUUCGAGCUGGAUGUCUGGAUUGGAGCAGGGGAUGAGGUGCUGAGGACGCGGGGGCCGAGGACGGAGCAAGAUGGGGAGAGGAGAGAGGACAAGCUGUUCGGGCGGAGAUGGUUCUGAAUCGACGGAUGCGUUCCCAUGCCGUCAAUUUGACGCCGUUGCGCUCGAUGAAACGCUUCUGCUGCUUGCUAUACCUCUUCGAGUGUGUUACCUUGGUAUAUAGUAGAACCGGCACUCAGCGCAAGAUAUCCGGCUUCCGCAUAUCAGUCACAGUACCCGCUUGUGCCAAGUCCGCCGUUACAGUACUAGAUACCGCUGCGAGCACUUGUACGCUCAGCUGAACACCUCGGAAUUUGGGAUCAGAGGGAGGACUUGUAACGAUAUUUGGCUGCUAU